AAAGGUUUCUUUUUUUUGUUUUUAAAUGAAACUUAAGCAUCUGGUAGGGGGAUUGUUUUGGGACCAGUCUUGAUAGCCAUAUGAUUCAGUGGCAUGACAGGGUCCACGGAUCAUGUUUUGUUGAGAAUUUGGGCAAGAUGCAGCAUAAGGGGUUGUGCCUUGAUCUCGCUGUCAGUUGACAGAGUUGGAAUGAUGAGCACGUGAUUUUGUGGUUGGCGAUGAACCAAAAGAGCUGAAAGGAUGAGUCGCGCUCACUCGCACAAAGGAAGAAGAGCAGUGCAUCACACCAAAGCUUGUACUUCCCCCACAGGGUAACAUGGAGCAUCUCAUUUAUUCAACAACCAUGACUGAAACAACUGAUGACUUUGUCACUGAUUAUUACCAAGACUACUAUGACACAGACCCUACUGAGACCACCGGCAUGUGUGACAGAAGUUGGGUCCGACAGUUUCGCGGGUGGUAUGAACCCCCCCUUUUCUGGACCAUCUUUGUGCUGGGUGCCCUGGGAAACCUCAUGGUGGUCUGGAUCUACUCCACGGUGCGCAACCGCCUCAAAACCAUGACCGAUGUCUAUCUGCUCAACCUCGCCGUGGCUGACCUCCUCUUCCUGUGCACACUGCCCUUCUGGUCGAUGGAUGCCACCAAAGGAUGGGACUUUGGCAUCAGUCUCUGCAAAGUGGUGUCCGCCGUCUACAGGAUCAACUUCUUCAGCAGCAUGUUCCUGCUCACCUGCAUCAGCGUGGACCGCUACAUCGCCAUCGUGCAGGUCACAAAGGCUCAGAACUGGAAGAAAAAGCGUCUCUUCUACAGUAAACUGGCCUGCAUGGUCGUGUGGUUGGUCUCCACUCUCUUUGCCUUGCCUGAGUUUCUCUUCGCCCAGGUGAAGACGGACCUAAGCGGGUCUUCCUUCUGUGUUCUGCUUUACUGGAACAACAUAAACAACCACACAAAGAUCUUAGUGCUGUCCCUGCAGAUCUGCAUGGGCUUCUUCGUCCCUCUCCUUGUCAUGAUCUUCUGCUACGCCGUCAUCAUUCGCACCCUCCUGCAGGCCAGGAACUUUGAAAAGCACAAAGCCCUGCGCGUCAUCUUCAUCGUGGUCUUUGUGUUUGUCGUCUCCCAACUGCCGCACAACAGCUUGCUGAUGAUGGAGGCCUCGCAGGCCGCCAACACCACCAUCACGGAGUGCAGCGUCGUGAAGCGCUUCGACGUGGCCGGUCAGAUCGCAAAGAGCCUGGCGUACACUCACGCGUGCUUGAACCCUUUCUUGUACGUCUUUGUCGGUGUGCGCUUCAGGCAGGACCUCGUGAGGAUGGUCAAGAUGUGCGCUGGUGGACUGAGGAAACGGGGACUCGGCAAAGUCCAAGCGGUUCCUAAACGGCCGUCGGUCAUGACUGACACUGAGACCACACCUGCGCUUUCCUUAUAGGUCCCUGUUGUCAAAAGGUUGGUAUCGAUCAUGUAGAGCAGGGGUGUCAAACUCAUUUUAGAUUGGAGCCACAUGGAGAAAAAUCUACUCCCAAGUGGGCCGGACUGGUGAAAUCACAGCACGAUAACUUAAAAAUAAAGACAACUUCAGAUUUUUUUCUUUGUUUAAAAAUAGAACAAGCACAUUCUGAAAAAGUACAAAUCAUAAUGUUCGUGAGGUUUGUUUUAUUCUUACAUUUUGCAGUUAAUAGUAUUCUAUCUUUAUUUGUCGUUAUUUGUACUUUCUGAAUAAAUUAUAUGGGAAUGUUCAUCAAUCAACUUAUUGGUGUUAAUUUUCAAUCUAUCAAGAUAAAAAAAUUAUAUCAAAAUCAAAUUACAGGAUGUUAUUUAUGUAGUUUGCUCAUUUUCCUCGGCUGAUGCACCAACAUUGUGUUUUUUGUUUUUUUGUUUUACAUAAAGCACAAUCUACAAAGAUACAAAUAAUUGCUAUCGCAACAUCUAAUGGACACAUUUAGAACAGCAGUUUCUUUCAUUCAAAAAGUCCGGCUCAUUUUUAUACUUAGCAAACUUCCCGCGGGCCGUAUGUUUGACACCCCUGAUGUAGAGUGAACGAUACACACCUCCCCAGAAACAUCUUCAUUGGAGAUUUGUGUUAUACAGGUCAAACUAAAAACAAUUGAAUACCAUGCAAAGUUUAGUUUAUUCUAGCAAUCAGAUGGACAAGGUGAAACUAAUAUAUGAGAUAGGCUCAUAACAUGCAACUCAAGAUACUUCAAGCUUUCUGUUGAUAUUUUGAUGAUUAUGGCUUUUAUCUUAUGAAAACUUCAAAUUGAAAAUCUUAGAAAAUGUGGGGUUUUCGCAGACUAAGCCUUGAUUAUCAAAAUUGUAAGAAAUAAAGCCUUGACAUCUUACUUUACAUGUAAUGAGUUUAUAUCACAUAUCAGUUUCACAUGUGAGGUCAAAUUGCUGACAUGAAUGGACUUUUGCACAAUAUUCUAUUCUAGUUUUUGAGUUUCACCUUUUAUAAAAGUUGUUUUUUCCAGAUAUGUGUAACCAUAUCCAAAAGCAAAUGUUCACUGCAUAGGAUGUUGGUUAUCAAGAGCUGAUACCAGUACUUUGCCGUUAAGAUGCAUGCACUUUCAGGGGAACAGCGAAUGACAACCUGAAGUUGCAAAGCUUGUAUAUAAUGUAAAUGAGUGUAAAUACUGUAUCAUGCCUUUUUGCCGUCAUUUUCCAACCACUGUAAACAACAGAAUUCGAUAUUUUUAGACACAAAAGGCAUUAAAAGAAAUAUCUUUACUAA